AUGACCGAAUCAAGACAUUCUAAUGGGGCAUUCUCACCGAUUUGGACAACAGAAGGCGAAGCGUAUGUGAACAGUAACUUCAAGGUCGAAAAUGAUUCAUUGAUUGUCGAUGAUAUUCUUCAAAGUAACGAACCUUAUCUAUCAAGAUCGUUUGUAUCAAGUUACAGCAAUCCUACGUAUGAGUGUCUCCGCUCACUUCGUCCAUCUCAGACAAGUUCCAUCGGGGAACAAUUACGCCAUUUGAGACAACGGUUUAAUGAUCGCACAGAAGCAAUCAAAGAGAAAAUUCACCAAGCACCUGAUGACGGUGAAACAUCAAUUGGUAGUGAUAAGCCUGUUCAGCAUCGAUCAGCAUUCAGCGAUGAGGCCGCAUCUGGUAGUUCAUCAAAUGGGUGGCAAGCAAGUUCAAAACGUCAGUUUAAAGUACAAUUGAAAAAAACAGCACUUUCCUUACUACAUCAAAGUGGAAUUCGACAACCAGUUGAUACUGACAUUGAUUGUUUAUCCAUCUUACCAUUAGAUUUAUUUUAUAUUAUAUUUGGUCGUCAAGCAGUCUUUCGUUUACCACGUCUAUUAAAAUUUCAGUCAUUAAAUGAUUUUUUCAAAUGUUGUGAUCGUUGGGUACAAUCAUUUUUUGCUAGUUUAAAAAUUGUGAAAAUAUUUGUAUUAGUUUUAUGGCUCGUAUUAUGGGUACACUUGUAUGCUUGCGUCUAUAUUCUAUUUUCAAAUUAUGAACGAUCUCGUGGUGCCGAUAACAACUGGGUCUAUAAACAUGAAACAAAUCCGCGAAUGUCUGCUUACUCCUACUCAUUCUAUUACUGUUUUAAAAUAGCAUCAACUAUUGGUAAUAUACCUGAUCCGGAAACAUUGUAUGAAUAUCUAUUCGUUACUGUUGGCUAUUUAUUUGCAUUGUUUAUUUUUGCAUUAUUAAUUGGACAAAUUCGUGAUGUAUUUCAGUCAAUGAAUCAAAGACGAGCAGAUUAUCAAAAUAAAGUUGAAAAUGUAAUGAUUUAUUUGAAAAAGUUUGAAUUACCUACAGCUGUACAAGAUCGAGUACGAAUGUGGUUUCAAUAUAAUUGGCAUGAUCGAAAUACGCUCGAGGAUGAUGAUAAAACAUUAGCGUUUUUGCCUACUACAUUACAAACCGAACUUGCUAUUAGCAUCCAUUAUGAUAUACUGUCAAAAGUAGAUAUGUUUCAGGGUGAAAUUGGUAGAGAAAUGUAUAUUGUUAAUCACGGCGUACUAGACGUUUUUAUUGGCGAUAAAAAAGUAUCAGAAUUGAAAGAAGGAAAAGUGUUUGGAGAAAUAAGUUUGUUAGAAGUCGCUGGUGGAAAUCGUCGAACGGCUGAUGUUAUCUCACGAGGAUUUUCUACAUUGUUUACUUUACACAAGUUAGAUUUAAACGAAGCAUUGAAAGAUUUUCCUGAGGCUGGAAGACAAUUGCGAAAGAAAGCAAAAAAAAUGAUGAAGCGUUCGCCUGAUGUUGAAAAAGACAGAAAACAUGCUCUUAUAUCAGAUAACGAAAUUCAUGCUGAACCGAUUAUUGUCGAUUGUCCUAAACAUCAUCCAAAAUUACUCGAUACCGUUAUGAGGGCUGUUGGUAAAGAGUCAAAACUUAUUGAAGUAUUAAAUCAACCACGUAAACCGUCGCUACGACUAACAUCGUCAAACUCAUCCGUUCAUUCAUUCGAUAUUAAAAAUCAGAAAAAUGAUAUUCAACAUCAAGCACAAGUUCAUAAGGAUUCCGUUAGUCAUCAUGGACAAAAUCUGCUUAGUCAGAAUUCAACAACAAAGCGUGUAAAAUCAUUACGAACAAAAUUAUUUUCAAAUCGAUUCCAAAAUUUACCUUCCAGUUCUGUUCCACUGGUUAGUAGUGAUAGGAGUAUUAAUUAUGAGGAUGAGCAACAGCAAGAAGCAGAUGACUUUAAUUAUUAUAUAAAACAACAAGAACACCGGAAGAUGCUAACUACAUCAGAAACAAGUGUCACACUCGUGUUCUCUGAAGAUAUUGUCUAA